UGCAGGGUUCAUUUUGCUACGCUGCUGGAGGAGCUGCUCGGUCCGUUGCGGCUCUGCCAUGGCGCGCUGCAGGUUCCCGAGCCACCUCCGGCUCUAGGAAUCGGGGGCUGCGGCGCCCUGCGCUCGGGCUGUGAUCAGCUGUACUUCUGAGACUUAUGCCCUCAAGAUGAAGUUCUUACUGGCAGUUCUCUUUUUUGUUUUAUUGUCAUUAUGGGUUGAAGAAGCGUAUUCCAAAGAGAAAUCUUCAAAGAAAGGAAAGGGGAAAAAGAAGCAAUAUCUCUGCCCAUCCCAGCAAUCAGCUGAAGAUCUUGCAAGAGUACCUGUUAAUUCUACCAGCAAUAUCUUGAAUAGGCUGUUGCUCACUUAUGAUCCCAGGAUAAGACCAAAUUUCAAAGGAAUUCCAGUCGAUGUAACAGUCAACCUUUUCAUUAACAGCUUUGGAUCAAUCCAAGAGACAACGAUGGAUUACAGAGUUAACAUCUUCCUAAGACAAAAGUGGAAUGACCCCAGACUUAAAUUGCCCAAUGACUGGAGGGGUUCAGAUACACUGACAGUGGAUCCUACAAUGUUUAAAUGUCUGUGGAAACCAGACUUGUUCUUUGCAAAUGAAAAGAACGCCAACUUCCAUGAUGUCACUCAAGAAAAUAUUCUUCUAUUUAUAUUUCGGGAUGGAGAUGUUCUAGUCAGUAUGAGAUUAUCCGUUACUCUGUCAUGCCCUUUGGACUUGACCUUGUUUCCGAUGGAUACACAGCGUUGCAAGAUGCAGUUGGAGAGCUUUGGUUACACAACUGAUGAUUUACGAUUUAUCUGGCAAUCUGGAGAUCCUGUUCAGUUAGAAAAAAUUGCUUUGCCCCAGUUUGACAUUAAAGAAGAGGAUAUUGAAUAUGGUAACUGUACCAAAUAUUAUAAAGGCACAGGUUAUUACACUUGUGUAGAAGUAAUCUUCACUUUAAGAAGACAAGUUGGAUUUUACAUGAUGGGUGUUUAUGCUCCUACACUGCUUAUUGUUGUUCUGUCGUGGCUGUCAUUUUGGAUCAAUCCUGAUGCAAGUGCUGCAAGAGUGCCACUGGGUAUCUUCUCGGUGCUCAGCUUGGCAUCUGAAUGUAUGACUCUUGCUGCUGAACUUCCCAAAGUGUCUUAUGUGAAGGCCUUAGAUGUCUGGCUGAUUGUUUGUCUUCUUUUUGGGUUUGCUUCACUGGUUGAGUAUGCAGUGGUUCAGGUAAUGCUGAACAAUCCAAAGAGAAUUGAAGCUGAAAAAGCAAAAAUUGCCAAGGCAGAUCAAGCAGAAGGGAAAGGUGGCAAUGUAGCCAAAAAGAACACGGUAAAUGGUACAGGGACCCCUGUGCACAUCAGCACUUUACAGGUUGGCGAGACCAGAUGCAAAAAAGUUUGCACCUCGAAAUCUGAUCUGAGAUCCAAUGAUUUCAGCAUCGUUGGAAGCUUGCCAAGAGAUUUUGAAUUAUCAAACUAUGACUGUUACGGAAAGCCCAUUGAAGUCAACAGUGGGCUCGGGAAAUCUCAAGCAAAGAACAACAAGAAGCCACCUCCUCCCAAGCCUGUCAUUCCAUCAGCAGCAAAGCGAAUUGAUCUUUAUGCAAGAGCAUUGUUUCCUUUCUGCUUCUUGUUCUUCAAUGUCAUAUACUGGUCCAUAUAUUUAUGAUAAAUCUUUUAUUUUUUCAUUUGUGUAAAAUAUGUCUCAUUUCAUUAUUCCCUUCCCCAAUCAUGAAGGCCAGUCUGUGAAAUUAUUUUGCAUUUGCAAAGCAAUAUAUUGCAUUUGAGAUGCCAUGCGAUUGUAAUGAAAAUAUGGCAUCUUAAUUUUGAAUGAAAGCAUGACACUGCAAUGUCUGUGCUGAAACCAACUGUUGUAUAUAAAUGUACAACAUACAUCCUGCUUUAGGAAUAUAUGAAGGAUGAUGCAUACCACAUUAUUAAAGCAAAAUAAUUCUCUUCAGUUAUUAACAUACAGAUUUAAAGUGUUUCUGAUAAUGAAACUGAUGUGCAUGUUGAGUAUUAAGAUCAAUAUUCUAGUACAUGUAGUAUUUAACAACUCUUCUUAUGACUUUCAGAUAAAAAAAUCUGUUCUUGUAUAAUUUUAAAUGGCACUGUUAAAGAAAAAGCGAAGUUGUAAUUAAUAUUCUUUAGACUUUGUAAGUAAGUGGAGAAAGUAUUGACUAAGCUGAUCUUGUCUAUGUGAAAAAAUAAAGA